UCUGAUCCUGCUCUUUUACCUGGUGUUCUAUGGCUUCCUGGCCGGACUCUUCACCCUGACUAUGUGGGUGAUGCUGCAGACACUGGACGACACACUGUUCCUAAAUAUCGUGAUCGGGUUUCCUCUCCAGGUCUUAUGAUUUCCCCUAAAUCAGCCGGAUUGGAACUCACUUUUAGUAAAGGCGAAAAGAGUUCAUAUGACGGCUAUGUGAGAGCUCUUCAUGCUUUCCUAACGCCAUACAACGACAGCCUACAAGCCUCAAAUGUGCAAUGCCCGCAAGGCCACUAUUUUGAACAGGAAGGGGAAGAGAAAAAACAGUCCUGCCAGUUUAACAGGUCCUCCCUGGGACCCUGCUCCGGGCUGGAAGGAAAUGAGUUUUUUGGGUACAAUGAAGGAAGCCCCUGUGUGAUUGUCAAGAUGAACAGGAUAAUUGGACUAAAACCGCUAGGAAAUCCUAAAAUAAACUGUACUUCUAGGCAGGUAGAAAACGUCAGCCUGCAGUAUUACCCUGAAUACGGGAAGAUAGAUUUGAUGUACUUUCCGUAUUAUGGAAAGAAAACUCAUUUGCAAUACGUGCAGCCUUUGGUUGCAGUGAAAAUCACACCUUCCAAUUCUACCGGUUCGUCAGAGAUAGUGCUAGAGUGCAAGCUUCAUGGCUCUCCUAACCUGAAGAACGAGGACGAGAGAGACAAGUUCCUUGGCCGAGUCAAUUUCAGAGUCCAAAUUAGGGAUUAA